GUGGCGGCUCUGCCGAGGUGACAAUGUGCUAGGAGCCCCGCUCCGUGUCUCCUGCGCCUCCUCGGCCUGGGCGCCUCCUGGCAGCGCUCUCGGAGCCUCGCGGCCGCCUGCCGCGCUAUGAGGGAGCAUCUCCGGGGCUGGCCGAGGCCGGGGCCGCCUCGCUCUGCUCGCCGAGAAGUGUGAAGAGAGGCGCGGGCGGGAGCCGGGGUUGUGCGCGGCGGCGGCUCCAGGUGAGCGCGGCUCUCGGCGCAGCCGGCCACUGGCCGGGCUGGAUCCAGGCAGCAUCCCGUGCGCGGACCGCCGAGCUCUCUCCGCGGGAUCGACAGCCACCGUAGCAGACAUAUUUCUUAGGAGUCUUGAAGAUGGAUAUUUUCAAAUCAUUUUGAAACAGGCAAACGCCAUAUACAUGGGAUGCAUCUUGCUUUUGUCCUGGAGAUCACCUCUGUGGCUUGGAUUUAUCUCAGGAACACCCGUCUUCAGUCUCCGUAUUGAUUAGUAAUCAAGCAUGAGGAGAUUUGUCUACUGCAAGGUGGUUCUGGCCACUUCGCUGAUGUGGGUGCUUGUUGAUGUCUUCUUACUCCUGUACUUCAGCGAGUGUAACAAGUGUGAUGACAAGAAGGAGAGAUCCCUGCUGCCUGCGCUGAGGGCUGUUAUUUCAAGAAACCAAGAAGGUCCAGGAGAAAUGGGAAAGGCAGUGCUUAUUCCAAAAGAUGACCAAGAGAAAAUGAAAGAGUUGUUUAAAAUCAAUCAGUUUAACCUCAUGGCCAGUGACUUGAUUGCACUUAACCGAAGUCUGCCGGAUGUGAGAUUAGAAGGAUGCAAGACUAAAGUCUACCCUGAUGAACUUCCAAACACAAGUGUAGUCAUUGUGUUCCAUAAUGAAGCUUGGAGCACUCUACUUAGAACUGUCUAUAGUGUCAUAAAUCGCUCCCCACACUACCUGCUCUCUGAGGUCAUCUUGGUUGAUGAUGCCAGUGAAAGAGAUUUUCUCAAGUUGACAUUAGAAAACUACGUGAAAACUUUAGAAGUGCCAGUGAAAAUUAUCAGGAUGGAAGAGCGCUCUGGGUUAAUACGCGCCCGUCUCCGAGGAGCAGCUGCUUCAAAAGGACAGGUCAUAACUUUUCUGGAUGCACACUGCGAGUGCACCUUAGGAUGGCUGGAGCCCUUGCUGGCGAGAAUAAAGGAAGACAGGAAAACAGUUGUGUGCCCGAUCAUUGAUGUCAUUAGUGAUGAUACCUUUGAGUACAUGGCUGGGUCAGACAUGACUUAUGGUGGUUUUAACUGGAAGCUAAAUUUCAGAUGGUAUCCUGUCCCUCAAAGAGAAAUGGAUAGGAGAAAAGGAGACAGGACAUUACCCGUCAGGACCCCUACUAUGGCUGGUGGCCUAUUUUCUAUUGACAGAAACUACUUUGAAGAGAUAGGAACUUACGAUGCAGGAAUGGAUAUCUGGGGUGGAGAGAAUCUUGAAAUGUCUUUUAGGAUCUGGCAAUGUGGAGGUUCUUUGGAGAUUGUGACUUGUUCUCAUGUCGGUCACGUUUUUCGAAAGGCGACUCCAUACACAUUCCCUGGUGGCACUGGCCAUGUCAUUAACAAGAACAACAGAAGACUGGCAGAAGUGUGGAUGGAUGAGUUCAAAGAUUUCUUCUAUAUCAUAUCCCCAGGUGUUGUCAAAGUGGAUUAUGGAGAUGUGUCAGUCAGAAAAACGCUAAGGGAAAAUCUGAAGUGUAAACCUUUUUCUUGGUACCUGGAAAACAUCUAUCCGGACUCCCAGAUCCCAAGACGUUAUUACUCACUUGGUGAGAUACGAAAUGUUGAGACCAAUCAAUGCUUAGAUAACAUGGGCCGCAAAGAAAAUGAAAAAGUGGGUAUCUUCAACUGUCACGGCAUGGGAGGUAACCAGGUGUUUUCUUAUACUGCUGACAAAGAAAUCCGAACUGAUGACUUGUGCCUGGAUGUAUCCAGACUCAGUGGCCCUGUAAUCAUGCUAAAAUGCCACCACAUGAGAGGAAAUCAGUUGUGGGAGUAUGACGCUGAGAGACUCACUUUGAGACAUGCUAACAGUAACCAGUGUCUUGAUGAACCUUCUGAAGAAGACAAAAUGGUGCCUACCAUGCAGGACUGCAGUGGCAGCAGAUCCCAACAAUGGCUGCUGAGGAACAUGACCUUGGGGACAUGAAGAUAGUUUUUUCCCAAGACGUGAAAGUCUCUACACGUUUGUUUGUUCAUUAUUUCAGUUUGGUGAAAGUAUUAACUUUUCUGGAUUAAAAGUUUUAAAAAUACUUUUAGUAAUAUAAAACACAAUUGUUUAUAAUUCAUUUUUAGGAAUGUUUAUUUCCCUACCAAAAAUUUGUAUCUGAUUAAAGAAGCACAUAAAAUAUAAAUAAUAAGAAACUGUUAUUAAACAUUUGAACUGUUUGGGAAAAAAACACACCUUGUAUUUGCUUUUAAAAUGUCUUCAUUAGCCUCUUGUCACAGGGUUACUUGGGAUUGAUUUAUUUUGUGUUAUAAUUAAAAGAGAGAUCAUGUAAUGCCUUAUAAAAUAUCAUAAUUAUAAAAUACUAAUGUAGCUUUAUAAAACACUCUUUUUUAAAAAAGCUUCAUGCGACCCUGGUUGAAUUUCUUUGCCAACAAUUAGAAUACAUAUAAAAUCAUUCCUGAGCAUUGAAUUCAUCAAAAAAAAUUAUAAGGUAGUAGGAAAAUAAUUAAGCUAGUUAUUGAAUUUGUAAAAUAAAAAUCAUCAUACAAAAUAAAGAAAAGAAUUUUUUAAAACCAAUUUAAAUAAUAAAUUUAAAUCAAAUGAUGUAAGGAGUACAUCAGGUAUUGAGGACGACAAGAGCUAUAUAAACUAUAAGAGUUGCUGUUCAAGAAUCUUCAGUCUGAAGACAAGCUGAAGACAGUCUUGCUCUGAGAUGUCAUGUCAGGACCUGAAUCCCCAGUUGCUCUCUGUCUCCAUACAGAGAGUUUGUAUCUUUGCCCUUCACUCUAGAGGGUGAGAUUUGUCACAGCCUACAGAACUGUAGGUGAAGGGUGACCUUUUAGAUUUAAUUUUUAAAGUACUAUCUCUUUUAGUUCAGUCAGUGUUGUCAUUGGCACUUUGUAUUUUAUAAAAAGUAUGACACUCAAAAUUUAUUGCUAUGCUAUAAAAUCCAAUAUUUGUCACUGGAAAAAUUCAAGCUAUCAAAAUUAUAUUAAUUAAACUACUAGACAUGAUUUUGCAUAAACUAUGGCUCAGUCAUAAUUAGGACAAUUUCAUGUGUCAUUUCCACUUAAAACCCCUUUGUUCAAGUGCAUGGACUAAUUAUAUGAAAAAGGAAAACAUACAAAUUGAUGGGACAGUAAUAUUUGUUUUAUGUUUCCUACCAUUUUAGGUGGCCACAUAGUUGCUGUGCAUGUAUGUUUUGUUUGUAUAUCUAGCAGUUGGAGGAACUCUACGGGGGUGAAGUUAGAAGAUUCUUCAGGAACAGAAAGUCCAUACUUUUAAUCUUUUAUUUUAAAGGAUCUUCUAUAAAAAGAGUCAAUGAGCUUGCUACACUUGCUUUCUUUCUAUCUCUGUUUUUCUCUGAUUCUCCCCUCUGUCUAUUGUUGUCACUUUCUUUCUCUGUUUCUAUUGCUGUCUCUCUUUUACACAGACACAAACACACACAUGCAUAUGUGUAUGCGUGCGCACACACACACACACACACACACACACACACACACACACACACGAGCUGGGCUAUUAUAUUUUUCAUACUGCUUCAGUUUACCCAUUCCAGUGGUCUUUCUCAUUAGAACAAAUGCAUGUUUCACCUUCUGGACACUCAAGUCAAAACUAUGAAACUGGGAACUAUGGGCUUUCUCAUUCAGUAGGCGUUUGUCCCUCAACCAAGAGGACCUGAUGCUGAUUCCAAGCAAAAUAACCACUAGAUGUGGGAGGAUGUACUUGUAACUCUAAUACUGGGGAGGUAAAGAAAAGAGAAUUUCUUGCAUUUCCUCACCAGCCAGGCUGUCUUCAUGGACAAGCUCCCGACCAAAUGAAAGACUUUGACCCCAAAAAUCAAGUUACAAUGUCUUUCAAACUUUUCAAGCCUGCUCUAACUGUAGUUCACAGACUUCAUGAAACUGCCUGCUGUCAAAGUUAACACAAAAUUUAAACUUGUUUUAAAUUUUUAUUUUGGAUAUUCACACCGUUUUGAUACCAAGUGCUGAUUUUUGUAGAUAACAACAUUGUUGCAAUUGUAAAUUGAGUCAAACCAUCUUAAAAGUAACUUGAUGCUAUCUUUGACAUAUAACAGUAAACCAAUAAUUUACCACUACAACCGCUGGGUGUUGCUACUUCUGUCUAUUCAAAUCAUAGGAAAUAUGCAUAUAUUAUAAUUCUCUAUUCAUGCCAAGUCUUACCCAGUGCUAUACUUGUUUACUUAAUACAAGAGUCACAUAGAUACUGUUAUGUAUGAAUCUGUGUAUUUUCCUGAACAUAAUCUUCCCAUUAAUCCUCAAAUCAUGUCAUAGCCAACAUGUCUCUAUACACAGAACAAUACACUCCACAAACAUUUAUACACAUAUCUUGGACAGAUGGAUAUACACACACACAGAGAUCGAGACACCUCUGCAUUUUUUAUCUCUUACUGUCUUGCAUUUCCUUACAUUGUUCUGACUGGCAAACAAGUCUGUUUUCCUGUUGCUUCUAUCAGUCCCACAGAUGUCACUCACUUCAUUUCUUUAGGUCUCUAUUCAAACAUUACCUCUUCAGUACCUCUUGUCCUGCCUGUCAUCUCUCACUCCUAUCUCUCUGAGCAAAUCUAAGGUUUCUCUUUUGCUUAUUUCAAUUUCUUCCAGUCUCAUACACCAACAUAAACUUGGCCAUAUAAUCACAUUUAUAUAUGUAUUUUUUUCAGUGCCAGGGCCACGUAUUUGUUAAGUAGGCACAUGACCACUGAUCUACAUACAUAUUCACGUAAAUCCUUCUAAAGGCAGAAUCUAUAUAAUUUUUGUGCUCUGUGUUCACCUUCUCAUGCUAUCUCUUUGCUUAUUCUAACUACACCUCUUGAACUAAUAAACUUAAGAGUAUAUUAAAGUUUUCAAGCAACACAGUAUCAUACCUUUCUAUGUUUAAAAACGUAAAGUGUCCAGUAGUGUCUUUAUAGAGACUUUUCGAGCUUUGUUUCCAAAUAUUAAUUUUCCUUCUAAUUUUCUAGAUAUUAAAGUACAGAUCUUAUGUUGUCCUUUGUGUUAAAAUCACCAGCUUUGUGGAAAUGAAAUAUGGCAUUUAUUAAAAUACUGUUAUAAGAUAUAAGUUGCUUCACUUAACUAAAAAUAACUAUAGUUUCAGUGUUUUGGUUGUAUUGGAUUGACCACAGAAGGGCUAAGAUUUUGAGUUUUAGAAAGAAGAUAGGUAUUCUUUUAAAAUCAUAUUUAUUUUCAUGGUUUGAUAAUGACUAUACAAAGUUUAUUUUCAAUGUAAAAAUCUAUUAACAAAAGAUAAUAUAGAAACCUUAAAACAUUAAAGAUGUUAUAUUAUUAAUUUCUAUGUUUAUAGAUAAUAAAACUGAGCCAUGGACAUAUACUAUAGUUUUCUCAUAGAUCAUAGAGUUAUAAAACUAUGUGCCCAGGACUCAUAAUACUACUGCCGAAAAAACUUAUAAGGUCACAAUAAUGAAAGAAAUGCCUUUAUUAAAAAUUCACUUAUUAUUAACUUGAUUCUUUAGAAUUGUUUACAUUAUUGUUUUUUCAUACUUUAAUUAAAUUUGUUCAAUAAAAUAAGACCACAGGCAAUAGAAGAAGACCUGCAGCAGAAGAGUAGAAUACCGUACAUCAGCGGGCAAGUAGUUUGAGGAAAGCACCAUUGAGCCUCUUCAGUAAUUUAUUGAACUCUGUUUUUUUGUUUGUUUGUUUUGAUUUGAUUUUAUAUUUUCUUGCAAUUCCCUUCAAGUUUCAAGUAAAGCUGACCUACAGCUUGCACGGAGUAUUAGACUGUCUAUCCCUAUGAACACUGGGUGAGUUCUUUGUUUGAAGCUUUGUGGACUUCAGAGAAACCAGCAAAUAUCUUUAGGCAUCCCAGUGUCACUUUAAUAUAAACACAACAUGUAAAUUUCAUUUUUCCCUAGUGCUUAGAAACAGCAUAAUAAAUUUUAAAAAAUAAAGGAGAGGAAUGUAAACUGCUACAAUAAGAUAACAUAACUGGUUUUCAAUGUUUUCUUUUUUAAUUCAGUGGGAGGUUAUGAAUACAGUAGAAUUGCUUCCGCAAACUUCAGAAUAUUGCCUUGCUCCAACAUAGAUUGUUACUCCAUUUAAGAAGUGAUCAAGCAUAAUCAUUGCCAUUGCAUUUGCAUCUUAUCUAUUGAUUCAAGCUGUAGUUUCAAGGGGGCAAAGUACAAUGCAUUCUUAAAUUGCAGGUAUAAUGAUUUGAAGAAAUAUGAAAAAAAAAAUUAAAGACUUCACCAAAUGUGAAUCAUUGUCUGAGAGGUGUUAUUUUGUACAACUAAGAUCUCCCAGUCCUGACUAAAAACCCAGUAUAGCUGGGCAGCAGAAAUUCAACUGUGCAAAGGCAACUUGUGUUUCAGGAUUUAAGUAUUACCCACCAUUAUGUCAGAUAUGGAGUGGAAACACUCAGCUCUUCUUCUGUAUAGCUUAGGAAUAUCAGGAUUACUGUACCAUGUUCAGAGUGUUAUCAAGUAUGACAUACUAGACAAAGCUAAGGUGUUGGAUAAGCUCUAGCAAUUUGCUUAAAGCUAGUUGGUAUAGAUUUGUUCCCCCUAAUUUUUGUUUUAAGGUAUUUAAUACAUUCUAAAGCAAAUUUUCAUUGACUCUGCAUUCAAACCCUCCCCUGAGAAAGUAGUGAUGCAAUACGGUCUUUUGUCAAUAAAUGUAUUUAGGAUGAGGACCACUUCUGUGAUAAUUGGCUCAUUAUGUACUGUAAUGUUUUACUGCCAUUGCUAAUAGGGUACAAUGAAUCAUUCUCCCAUGUUGGGUGGCUUAGAUUAAAAACGUAGAGAAGGCUCCAUCUGAAAUGUAACUGUUUCAAUACUGAAAUUUUCAUUUUGUGUUCAAUUGGUGAGGUUAAAUACUUAAAGACACUGCCUUUGGUUCCUGGUGUACUUACAGACAAAAAUAGCUCAAGAGAGAAACAAGAAUCCAUAGCCACAAGAUGAUCUUUGAGUGGGGUAGGGACCUUCUCUCUUUAAAAUCAGUGUAGUCACAGAUAGAGAACAUAAUCUCAAAAAUGCUUAGACACAAUGCAAUCUUUAACAUUUAUAAGAGUAGCUUGUGCAUAUAAAUUUAAACAUUUUGAAUGUUGUAAGCAUUACUAAAUGGUAUAAUUGUUCUUUUUCUGUAAAUUUAAAUAUUUAUACAUUUUUGUAGAAUUAAAGUAUGCCAAUUUAGUUUUCCUUUGGUAUAUGUCGUCUUUUUUCAAAAUAAAUUUUGCUAGUA